CACGCUAUAUUAUAAAACAUACCCAAAGAGAUCGUCGCCUCGAUUUCUCUUCGAGUGCCAAGCAGUACUGCUAGUUCUACUUCUGUACUUCAGCAGUAGGAGGCCGCUGUUUGCUACGAUUUUGACUGACUGAGAUGGGAAUCCUCUGCCUCGGUGCUUCCUCCACACUGCUCUGCGGGGAGGACAGGAACAACGUACUCGGCCUCGGCUGCGGCAACGAGCUGGUGGAGGUGGGGAGCGGCCAUGACGGCUUGGACUCCGUCGUCGGCGCCGUGUUCCCCGUGGACACAGAUGAGGCCGUGCGGGCGUUGUUGGAGAAGGAGACGGACCACAAGCCUCAAGACGGCUAUGCGGAGAGGCUGGAGCGCGGCGGAUUGGAGUACUCCUGGAGGAGAGACGCCAUGGAUUGGAUUUGCAAGGUCCAUUCGUACUACAGGUUUGGACCACUCAGUCUUUACCUUGCUGUGAAUUACCUGGAUAGAUUCCUCUCCUCAUAUGAUCUCCCACACGAUAAGCCUUGGAUGCGACAGUUGUUGUCAGUUGCUUGCCUAGCACUCGCUGUCAAGAUGGAGGAGACCGUGCUCCCUCUUCCUGUGGACCUUCAGGUCUGCGAUGUGAAAUUUGAGUUCGAAGCAAGGACUAUUGGGAGGAUGGAGCUUCUUGUGCUGGCCACCCUGAAAUGGAGAAUGCAGGCUGUGACCCCCUUCACUUUCAUCAGCUACUUCCUCGACAAGUUCAAUGGUGGGAAGCCGCCGAGUUUGGCACUAGCGUCACGGUGCACCGAUAUCAUAAUUGGCACACUCAAAGGCUCUACAUUCUUGUCAUUCAGACCAUCUGAGAUUGCCGCGGCCUCAGCUCUAGCAGCAGUUUCUGAGAAUCAGGUUGUUGGCUCCUCGAGUGCUCUUUCAGCAUCUGAAGUCCCUAUAAAUAAGGUGAUGAUUGCUAGAUGCUAUGAGCUGUUGCAAGAGCAAGCGCUGGUGAGGAAGACAGGGCACGUCAAUGGAAGCCCUUCAGUGCCGCAGAGCCCGAUUGGCGUGCUGGAUGCAACAUGCUUCAGCUUUAGGAGUGAAGAUGCAAGACUAGUAUCAUCGCAAUCAAACAACAUCAGUAGUAGUAGUAGUAACGACAAUCAAGUUUCUAAGAGGAGAAGGCUAAGCAUAUCACCAAUCUGAGUGGAUCAAAUCUCUGUUGGCAGUGUCGCAUUGUGCGCUUGGUUAUGCAUUGAUCAUCUUAACCUCAGAGUUUGUCAGAGCAACAAGUAGUGGUACAAAAGGACCCAGUGAAGCAUUGUAACAAGCAGAGGAUGGUGACAGUAAUAAGUUAGAAGCAGUCUGUUGAUCUCUGAGACGAAAGAGGUGACGAGGAACGUUUCUUCCUCUAGUAACUUUGAAUCCCCUUCCUCCCCGGCACCUUUGUUUUGUUCCUUUUUCCUUUUUAUCGGUAUCUCAAGGCAUUUGUGGGGAGAUAUGUGGAUAUGAGAUUGGAGACGUGAGGAUUAGAGAGAGAGAGGGAGGGAGGGAGGGGAGGGAGAUCAACAACAACAAAAAUCAGGUUUGUUCCUUUGUUCUCUGCCAAUAUACAAAAAAACUGUCGUGCG